CGGUUUGUUUUUUGUCAGAGGUCUCGUUCCGGAGAGUCAGUUGGAUUGUCUUCAGGUCAACCCUCUGGUCGUACCGAACACGAUGGCUCCCAAGUUGUUCAUGAAUUCAUUGAGUCCAGCCUGUAGAGCGGUGUUGAUGUGUGCGCAAGAAGUUGGUAUCAAUUUGGAACUGAACGUUAUAGAUUUAACCAAAGGAGAACACCUGAAACCGGAAUUUUUAAAGAAAAAUCCUCAGCACACAAUUCCAGUACUCGAAGACGACGACGUAGUCAUCGUCGACAGUCACGCCAUCAUGGGCUACCUGGUUGGAAAAUACGCGAUGGAUGAUUCUAUCUAUCCGAAAGACGACAUAGAUGCGCGUGCAAUCAUCGACCACAAACUCCAUUUCGAUUCCAGUAUUUUGUACGUGAGGGGACUGCUCAUCGCGUCUGCUCUCAUCCAUAAGGACAGUCAGCCGUCCAAAGAGAACCUCGAGUAUCUCAAGGACGCGUUCGCCAUAUUGGACAAACUACUCCAGGGGAAAGACUAUAUCGCCGGGGGUAGCCUGUCUAUCGCAGACUUCAGUAUUCUGUCAUCGGUGACAGCAUGGGAGACCUUUGUUCCCACCAAAGAUUUUCCCAAUAUCGUCAAAUAUGUCCAGCGGAUGCAGAAGCUGCCGUUCUCCAAAGUCAACUUGAAAGGCGUAGAAGAAUUAAAAUCGCUCCUCAGUGGCAAGCUUAAAGCUUAAAAUUCACACAUCAUUUCGCAGGCAUACACAUUGUAUUGUUCAUAUUGUGCAUAUACAUACUAUUUAUAUUGUAAUUAAUUAUAACUAAUAAAGGACCAAAAUAAAAGUGUAGUCAUCUCUUCAU